AUGGCGCAGCUAAAUUAUGAUGAGGAAGAUUACUUUGUACCUCUCGAGGAUCAGCGCGUGUUCGGCGCUGGCAUAAAAAGAAAGCGCGUUCCCUUCGUACGAGCAUCUGACGAUCUUCACACAACAGUGCCAUCCACUACUAUAAGCAAUACGCCAGCACGGAGUGUUGCGGACAUAUAUUCUUCUAUCGUGUUGUCCAAGAAGCACAAGAGAGAUACAAAUGAUGUAAAAAAACAAGAUCAAGAAGCAGUGGCGGACCUAAAGGACGAAGUUCCCCCAGCGCCGAUUAUGACAAAACCGUCGUCGCAUAAAACGAUUGAUAACCAGCCUACGAUAGAACCACAGAAAGACACCGUCGCAGUGGCUGGAACAGAUGUUUGUGAAAUUUGCUAUCUUCCUGUAAUCAUGCAGGCGACAAAAGAUGGCGACCUCGACGACAUAAAGACAACAUCUAAAAGCACGAACUACAUGCCACACGAAGCCUCAAUGGUCCACCAAAUCUGCCUACAACAUUCUCACCCCCCCUCGCAUCUAGACCGUACCCGUCAUGGCCUACGCUAUCUUGCAUCCUACGGCUGGGACCCUGAUAGCCGCGUAGGACUAGGUGCAGAAGGUCGAACCGGUAUGCUACAACCUAUCAAACCCAAAGCGAAAACGACAACUUCAGGUUUGGGCUUGACGAAAGAAGAUGAAGAAGCUCUUGCUGCGAGGAAGGGUUUACGAAAACAACAACAGGAACAGAGGCAGAAACUUAAUGCGAAGCAAGUACGUCUUGCGCAUUUGGCAGAUAAGAAGAAAGGGGAGAAAUUAAGAGAAUUGUUUUAUGCUAGUGAUGAUAUUCAAAGGUACUUGGGCGGUGGCUGA